AUGCAUUCAGGUUGGCUUUGGGCAUCUGCAGCAUUGGCGACGCUGGCGACCGCGGUAGAGGUGGCCACGAGACCGCGACAGUUUGAAGUCGACAUCGUCUUCCCCCACAACGAGACGUACAAGCCAGCUGUCACCAUGCCCAUUGUCCUGGCCAUUCAAAACGCCAGUGUCGCGGCGUCGCUUAGGGACUUCACCAAUGAAACGUCGGCCAUAGUGGAAGAUGGCGAACCCCAACUCCUCAGCAACGGGACGUCGGCGGACACGAUACUGUCCCUCGUCGGCUUCACCGAUGUCACCAGGUGGAUCCGGUACGGAUGGUUAAUCCCACCAGCCACCGAGUACACACCAGCCGUCGACGGCAAGUACCUGCUGCAGUGGAGCAUUCCUUGGCUGGAUCUGCCCCCGACCUGCGAGAAAUUCGACCACAUGACAGUGUGGGGGAAAGAAGGGGGCAAUGGCUGGCAGGUCGAGAUCCACGACGUGCAGGAGGCCAUUCCCGAGUGCCCGGAAGUUGGAGGGCUCGUCCAAAUCCGACGCCCGCCGAACGCGACGAACUCGGCAUGCCCUCCAACUUCUGAGAUCCUCGGGAGCAGGCAAGGCAGGCCCUGCGCCAUCAAGGUUGACGAGGCUGCGGCAAGCAGCAUCUCAAGCCCCGUCUCAAGCUCCGUCUCGAGUUCCACUUCAGACAAGGCCGGCGUGGGUCCCGCUCGGACGGUGCAGACGGCGCUGGCGGUAGCUUGCGAGGUCUGCGGCCUGGCAUUGUGAUGGGAUUGGGAAAGGACUGGCUACCUUAGAGGAAACAGAGAGGCGAGACGCUAGGUCGGGAGAGACAGCGGCAGUAGGUAGUCAAUCCGGC